UUGGGAGGGAAAACUUGCAUUGGCUUUCAGCAUAACCGGAAUUUAUUCCCUUGUCGAAAAUGUCGCGAUUCGGAGCCAAGAAGGGCAGAAAGCUGCCCGGAGCCGAGUUCUCUUGGGAGACCGACGCCGGGGGGGAGCCAGACACAGCACCCACGCCUCUUUAUCCUAAAUACAAUGUCACCCGCGCGAUGCUCCUCACCCCUCGUGAGCAGCUCCAAGUCGACUACUACCGCGACCUGCGCGAACGCUACCACGAAGGCCCGUAUUACUCCGUUCUCGAUGCCGCGUCGUCCUCUGCGAAGAAGGGGAGUGCCGCGCGUGUGAACUUUGAUCCGUUCCACGGCAUGCCGUCGUAUUCGGGGAAGUAUCAGAAGAAGAAGAGGACGUUGCCAAAGUUGCAAGGGAGGCCGUAUAUUAUGAGAUUCUUCCCCCGAGAACUGUGGCAGACGAUUCAGCCUAGUUUUAAGCCGGAAACCUCGAUGGAUGGCUACGUUUCGCAGGUCGCACGUACAGGUGCCAAGCGCGGAUUCGAGGAUGACGAGGAAGAGGAGGAAGAUCAGUUGAAGCGUCGGAGGGCUGAGGAUGAUGAAGAAGGCGGGGAGGGUGAGGAUAUUCUGGAUCCCGACGAAGAACAGGAAGAGGAGAUUGUGGAUGAUAAUUUCGAGGACGACGACGAUGAUAUGGGAGGCGAUUAUAACGCGGAGCAGUACUUUGAUGGUGGUGAUGAUGAAUAUGGGGAUGAUGGGUUUGGAGAUGGGGGAGGAGGUGGUGAGGAGGAUACUUUUUAGCGAGAUACCCUUUGCAUACUUUAUUUGUAUUCUACAGCGUGUCAGAUGGACAAAAUCUCAGGAUGUCUAGUUUAUGUGUAAUUUGUCAAUUGCAUUUAAAUUGUUUAUUACUCUA